UCGUCCACUCCGCCGCCUGUCCCCAGCGCGCCGUGCCUCCGCGACCUCCAAGCCAUGGCAGCCGCCGCGAUCAGGUCCCAGAUCAACAUGCUCAUCGCCACCAUGUUCAACACGGGUCUGGUGGACGAAGCUUUCUUGCAGCUGCAGAGGAUGCGGCAGCAGGGCCGCGUAACCCCAGCCUACAUCGUUGAGGUCAUUAACCACUUCCUCAACGACGCCGACAAGAUCAUCGACGACAUCGCCGGCCUGAUGAACGAGACCGAGGUGGAGUUCGACAGGGUGGACGCCCUCGUGCAUCAGCUUAAGGCGACCACGAGCAGCAUUGGUGCUAAGAGAUUGAACCUCUGCUGCGUUCAGCACUUCAAACCCGAGGAAAAAACCAAAGAAGGGUACCUCAAUGCAUUGGGUCGUGUCAGGUUUCAGUUCAAUGAUUUGCGCAGCAUGUUCAAGAUCAUAACGGAGCUGGAGCAGCAUUUUGCCGCACUUGGUCCUAAGUAGGAGUAAUUGAGGGGAAAAGGGCAUAGCCCCAUGCAAUCUCUCGCGUGAUGGGGUGUAUGUAUCACCGAAGCUGUGGGCAGUUUUGAUUGGGUGUUUGGCUUUGGAGGGUGCACUCGGAUACUAGCAGAUUCUCAUAUCGGAAGUCUAGGAUCGCAGACCUAUGAAAUAAACUUGUUAUCAUGUGUGUCGAUGUGUCAACUCUAUAGAUGUUUUUGUCUGGAUGUUGGUUGGUUGUUGGUGACUUAGUUUGUUGAAUAUUGCCGUCUCCCUCUCUCUCUCCCUCCCUCCCUCAGGAAAUAUUUGCUAGUUGUCUGGAAGUGCUCAGAAGUCCUGCUACUAGCUAGUAUAGCUACAAGAGGAACUCACAAUAUUUGGAUGUAUUAAACAUUUCUUUGCAAUCGGAACCUUCAAUGUGGUUUGCUACAAAUGCGGCGGGAGAGCCAAUAGGUGGAGAAAGAAGAAGAGGAGGGGUUAAACGGAGAAAAUGUCAUGGACAACAUCCAGGGGACCAUGAAAUUGAAG